GUGUCUCAUAGUAGUGUUUGUUUUUACAAGGACAUUAAUUAUAGCAGGGUUUUUUUUUCUUUCAGUUUCGUUAGGGUUAACGUGUUUGGUAUGUUAGAGUGAAUGCGUACAGUGGAAACACAUAAGCGAUAUGGUCAUUCAAACAAUAAGAUUUCACAGAGUCCAAAAUAAUGUUUCAAAAAGAAUCUGUCAUGGAGUUUAUACAAAGGCUUGAAAAAAUAAAUGUACCCAGCUUUUAGACAUUUGCUGAACAACUGCACAAGAUAGUGACUCAAAGAAAAAUGUUUGUAGACAAAAAAGAACGAGAGGAGAAAACCACAAAUUACCAGGAUUGGUCAUCUAGAGAUAAAACAUAUGUCCACUCUACAACAGUGAAAUUAUUGUUUCAUCUAGUCCUAGUUUUGUUAGUAACAGUUGUUAUUUUUGCAGUAUGUCUGUUUCAGCAAAACUAUCGAUUGCGUUCUUUGGAAACGUAUUUACUUGACCAAGAUCAUAGAAAUGUUCUAGCCGUAGCCAGAAAGAAUUUAGAUCUAAAUCUAGCAGCAGACCAGUCAGUACAGGAGGGAGAAGUCAUUAAACAUAUAAAAAACAUUGAACCCGGACAAAGAUUGUCCGAAAGUCAAUUCAAUUCUAAGAGUGGGAAGACUAAAUCUCGAGACACAACACAGGUCACUGAAAAGUUCUUUCAUAAAUUAACCAGAAAUGUAAGAAACGCACAAAGUACUAACUGCAAAAUAAAUAUUCACGAUGUAUUACAAAACUACUGUUACUACAAAAGGAAAGUCUCUCCUAAAAAUACUGCAGUUACAUUUGCCACCGUGUUUGACGAACAGCUAUAUCAGAAGAUCAACAUUACAGAAGAUCCAAACUGUGUUCUUUAUGAACAGACGUUUCCUGAAAAAUGGUGUAUCUUCCGAACGAUAGAGUUUCUAAAACAAGGUUCGCCAGUCAAAGUGUUUAGUGACUCUCCCAACUCUAGGAUCAGUUUCAAUAGCUCUUCUGGGAUAUUUACAGUAAACAAAGCUGGAACAUAUCUAGUCUUUGGUUCCAUAUCAAUCAUCAGUAUCAACCAGGGUAUUCAACUGCUGGGUCUACAUCGUGACAACACGGCUCUAGUGACUUGUCCAUCCGAUGGGCUUGGAAUUGUCCGUGCAGAUAAUGUUGAAAAAAGCCAAAAAAAACGAUACUGUAACAUGAAUGGUGUGCUGAAACUUGAACUGGGAGACCAACUUCAACUCAAAACAAUGGUACCAAACUUACAGCUUCUACUGGACCUUCCUGAGAGUAUUUCAUGGCUACUGCUGACAGAGAUUUGACAAGAACAAGCCUUUUAACAGACAUCUUUUUACAAAGCUUAUAUCAGCUCAUUCUUUCUGAAUGUCUGGUAAAAAGUGUGUAUACGUAAUUUCUCCCACACCCAUUUCCGGAUCAAGCUGAAACUUCGCAUACUUAUUCAUUGACAUAGACAAGACAUGAAUCAAUAAAAAAACGUAACCAAUUAGAAAAUUAAUUAUUGGUAAUUCCUUAUUUUAUUUAAAAGCAACAAAGGAAACUAAUACUUUAGUAUAGUAUUCACAUACAUAAUUUGUUGGGUUUAGUCCCCUUAAAUAACUGUUAACGCUAUUUUUCCCCCAUCCGUUCAUGAAUCAAGUUGAUACUUUAAACAAUUAUUUAUUGUACCAAACAAAUCAUGACUAAAUAAAUAAAAACACUCUACCAUUUGUAAUAAUUUAGGCUAUUCUGUUUGAUAUCGAAUAAAGGGAAAAAUUGUAUUGUUAUAAGGUGAUGUGAUAUAUUUGUGAAUGAAUGACACAUGAUAUACGCCUGAAAACAUUAUCCAUCACAUUGCUAGUUCAAACUUCAAUAUGGUAUCAUCUUUAAGUAACUAAUUUUGUCUUCAUUGUAAAUUAAACGCAUAGUUCCAUUUUUAGUCUGAACGAAUGUCAGUUCAGGUUGUGUCCCCUGAAUAAUUUUAUAACAGUUCUGGAUGAAGCCUAAAAUAUUUUUUUAUGAUUUGUCGUUUAUGAACUGUUGCAUAGUGUUAUAAAAAUCCUUCUAAUAGAUUUAUUUAGCACAACAAAUUUUUAAUGAUGAUAAAAUAAGCCUAUAUAUUAUUGCUAUUUAUAAACACAGUUAAAUAACAAUAUUCUAUCCAAUGUAGGCCUAUAAAUUGUAAGGAGAUAAUUGCUAUAAUGUACAGUACAGAAUUCUCCAUAGAUGAAAAAUGGAAUAUCUGCAAUAGUAACGAUGAUUAAUAAUCCUAUGCAAAGAUGAAUUGUCAUUUUAUGAAUAAAUAAUAUCUCAAAUAUUAGAUUGCAGUUGUAUAGAUUCAAAACUUUUGACUCUUCGAUUGAUGCUUCGAUUGUUUCCCCUAAUUAACUCGAUUGUUUCCCCUAAUUAACUCGAUUGUUUCCCUAAUUAACUCGAUUGUUUCCCCUAAUUUGUAAACGCUAUUAUAUUUUAAGCUACACUAUUUGUUUCUAACAUAACAUUCUUUUCUUUACAUUAUAACUAACAAAAUGGCAAGAAAAUAAAGAGAAUAAAAGAAUUCUAAACAAAUACUGGAAGAGUAUAUUCCAUUAAUUAUAAUUAUUAAUGUUUGUAGUACGUGAAUUAUGAAUGAAAUUGAAUGAGGUUUCAUUUUGCGUUUCUUUCAUACUGUUUAUGGUUGUAUUAAUAUGAAACUAAAUGCUUCUUAUCUUGAAAUAAACAACAUAACAUUGCCA